AUGACUGAUCAUGGUCUGACACUCGCUCUGAGCAAGACAGAGAUCGUCAUCCUCACGAAAAAACGGAUUGAAACCAUCGUUCCGCUACGAGUUGGGAACGUAGUUGUUCAAACCACGCGAACCGCCAAGUACCUCGGUGUCAUGGUGGACAACAAGUUGAGCUGGAGGGACCAGAUCUUCCGUACGGCGGACAAGGCUGCUAGGAGUGUUGCUGCUCUUAGUAGGCUUAUGGCCAAUGUCGGUGGUCCCCAGUCCAGCCGUAGAAGACUAUUGAUGUCUGCAGUCCAGUCCGUGCUUCUCUACGGCUCUGAGGUGUGGGCAGACGCGCUUAACAAGGAGGCGUACAGGUCGAGGUUCGCACGAGUGCAGCGUUAG